GAGUCCAGGGCUCGGAGGCUGGAGGCGGAGACAGGGCCUUAACACGCCAAGGCGGAGCUGGAGACUGGCAGUCCAGCGGCGAACCACCGCGCCCCGAUGGCGCGGACUGAGGGUGAGCUGCGGGACUGACUGGCACCAGCAGGGAUGACGAGGAACUGGCUGGUCUAGGAGGAGGAGAGAGGAGAAGGAUGGGAGGAAGGACAGGAGGAUCAGGACUGGACGGAACCAGCGAAAGAGUAGAGGGACCAGCAGGUUUGGGAGGAGGCGGGAGAGGGAGGCUGGGAGGGAAUACAGGAGACACAGAAGAUUCAGGGCUGGGCGGAACCAGCGGAGACACAGAAGACUCAGAGCUGGGCGGAACCAGCGGAGACACAGAAGAUUCAGAGCUGGGCGGAACCAGCGGAGACACAGAAGAUUCAGAGCUGGCCGGAACCAGCGGAGACACAGAAGAUUCAGAGCUGGCCGGAACCAGCGGAGACACAGAAGAUUCAGAGCUGGGCGCAACCAGCCGAGACACAGAAGAUUCAGAGCUGGGCGGAACCAGCGGAGACACAGAAGAUUCAGAGCUGGGCGGAACCAGCGGAGACACAGAAGAUUCAGAGCUGGGCGGAACCAGCGGAGACACAGAAGAUUCAAGGCUGGGCGUAACCAGCGGAGAAACAGGAAAUUCAGGGCUGGGCGUAACCAGCGGAGAAACAGAAAACUCAGGGCUGGGCGUAACCAGCGGAGAAACAGAAAACUCAGGGCUGGGCGGAACCAGCGGAGAAACAGAAAACUCAGGGCUGGGCGUAACCAGCGGAGAAACAGAAAACUCAGGGCUGGGCGUAACCAGCGGAGAAACAGAAAACUUAGGGCUGGGCGUAACCAGCGGAGAAACAGAAGAUCCAGGGCUGGGCGGAACCAGCAGAGAGACAGAAGAUUCAGGGCUGGACGGAACCAGCGGGGAAACAGGAAAAUUAGGGAUUACCUCCAUAGACCAGUCCAUCAGAUCCAGAGCUUGCUCCAUAUGACUUUCAGAGACUGCAUAUAGCUCACCCUCAGUCGCAGGAGUGUGGGCAGGGCUUUCCUCCAUGCCCUCGAUCUCCACGAGGACUCCCACGAUGCACAGUGUUGCCGGCUCACACACCUGGUCAGUCGCGCUCUCGAGAUCCGGCUCCCUGUCAGUGGAUGGCUCGGACUCUGCGGCUGCGGUGGGCUCUGGCUCCGUGCGGCGUGAUGGUGGCUGGCUGGUCUCUGGGUCGGGAGUGGGGCUGGCGAGGUCCUCUAUGGGGCAGACGGUGAGAGGUGACCCAUUUCUCGCCAGAGUCCACUCCACAAAUGCGGCGAAAUCCUCUCGAGGACCAUCUUCGGACGACAACGCUCUGCAUUUGGAGUUCAGGCUGGUGUUGUAGAAGGUGCAGAGCGCGCCGUCCGGGUAGCUGGUGGCAUUAGCUAAUAGGAAAAACUGUCUGGUAUGGUCCUCGAGAGAACGUCCUUCCUGCUUCAGCAGGAGGAUGAGGAAUUCGGGACGAUAGAGGGGAUCCAUAGACACUAAGAAAAGAAAAGACUGUGAAAAAACAAAAGCAAAACGGAGGGAAGAACACGCAGUUUUCUAUUUUCUCUUUUGAGGUCGGGUCUUCUGUCACGGUUUUACGCUGUCUGAAGGAAUACGGAGUCGAGGAUAAACAGAAUAAGGCUUUUAAUAUAUCCAACACAGGGGAUAUCCAACAUGGAGCACAGAGGUAGACACACGUAAGUAGCAAGUUAGUCACAAGUGAGAAGACCCGACAAAACAGAACUGAAGGGACAAGGCUUAUGAACAACAGAUAAUUGGGGAAACACAGGUGGAUGGAAUCAUUAAAUUAACAGGGACAUGGAACACAUGAGGAAGAUAAUGGACACACCUGGGAACUAAUCAAACACGGAAAGACAGAAACUGGGUCACGGGCAAAAACACAUUAAAUGAGUCCAGGUGUGUGACAUUAUGACUUCAAGGUUAGACUAUUGUAAUGCUUUAUUGGGUGGUUGUUCAGCACACUUAGUAAACAAACUACAGCUAGUCCAAAAUGCAGCAGCCAGAGUUCUUACUAGAACCAGGAAGUAUGACCAUAUUAGCCCGGUCCUGUCAACACUGCACUGGCUCCCUAUCAAACAUUGUAUAGAUUUUAAAAUAUUGCUUAUUACUUAUAAAGCCCUGAAUGGUUUAGCACCUCAGUAUUUGAAUGAGCUCCUUUUACAUCAUAAUCCUCUACGUCCGCUACGUUCUCAAAACUCAGGCAAUUUGAUAAUACCUAAAAUAUAAAAAUCAACUGCGGGCGGCAGAUCCUUUUCCUAUUUGGCGCCUAAACUCUGGAAUAACCUACUUAACAUUUUUCGGGAGGCAGACACACUCUUGCAUUUAAAUCUAGAUUAAAGACCCAUCUCUUUAACCUGGCUUACACAUAACAUACUAAUAUGCUUUUAAUAUCCAAAUCCGUUAAAGGAUUUUUAGGCUGCAUUAAUUAGGUAAACCGGAACCGGGAACACUUCACAUAACACCCUAUGUACUUGCUACAUCAUUAGAAGAAUGGCAUCUACGCUAAUAAUAGUCUGUUUCUCUCUUGU